CAUUUCCGCACUUCCAGAAGCCCCAGAGCGGCCGUGACUGAAGAAGACUUUCUACUCCAAUCCAGUAGUCAGAGAGGCCGCAGCAGCAGCACUGCAGCAGCAAGCGCCAAGACCCUACCUCAGCUCCACCAAUCCCCAACCGGGCACCAUCCGCACCGGCCGGCGAUGUCGGCGGCGCCCCCGCCGCCCCCGGAAUCGGCCGCUACCAGCGGCGGCGGUGGCGGCAGCGACAGCGACAAGGUCCUCGCCGCCGCGCAGCACAUCGUCAAGUCCCUGGCCACCUCCAAGAACGCCGCCGACGACAUGAUCCGCAUCCUCUCCGGCUUCGACAACCGCCUCUCCUCCAUCACCGCCGGCCUGUUCCCCUCCCCCGACCUCUCCUCCUCCGCGGAGCCGCCCGAGAUCUCCAUCUCCUCCGCGGCCGCCUUCGACGCCGCCGAGCAGCUCAUCCUGCUCUGGGACGCCACCCCCGAGGCCCUCGUCUUCGAGGCCCACGAGGAGGACAUCGCGCAGUACCUCACCGCCGUCGACGUCGCCGUCGAGCACCUCGCGCGCGGCGGCGCGGGCGCCGGCCGCGCCGGCGUCGCCGUCCAGCUCGCCAUGGCCCGCCUCGAGGAGGAGCUCCGCCACCACAUGGUCCGCCACGCCGUGCCGCUCGACCCCACGGGCCUCUGCUUCUCUCUCCGCCGCCUCUCGCUCGGAUCCUUCGACGACCUCGACUUCGACGCCGCCACGCCGCACAGCGUCGACGCCACGCCGGAGACCUCGCGCGGCGGGCCCCUGGUGAGCCCGUUCGACGACCACGCGUUCGACCCCGUGCGCCCCGAGGCCGUCGACGACCUGCGGGCCAUCGCCGACCGGAUGGCGCGUGCGGGGUACGCGCGCGAGCUGGCCGACGCCUACUGCAACAUCCGGCGCGACCUGCUCGACGAAUACCUCUCCGUGCUGGGCGUCGAGCGCCUCAGCAUCGACGAGGUGCAGCGCGUCGAGUGGAAGCAGCUCAACGACAAGAUGAAGAAGUGGGUGCAAGGGGUGAAGACGGUCGUGCGUGUGCUGCUUGCUGGUGAGCGCCGCCUCUGCGACCAGGUGCUCGCAGUGUCUGACGAGCUCAGGGAGGAGUGCUUCGUCGAGUCCACCAAAGGAUGCAUCAUGCAGAUUCUCAACUUUGGGGACGCCGUGGCUGUGUGCCCCCGCUCGCCCGAGAAGCUAUCACGGAUUCUUGAUAUGUACGAGGCACUUGCCGAGGUAAUCCCUGAAAUGAAGGAUUUGUGCCUCGGGAGUUCCGGUGACGGCGUAAUCAGUGAUGUUCAAGCAAUUCUUGAUAGGCUUGGGGAGGCUGUGAGGGGUACCCUUUUUGAGUUUGGGAAAGUUCUGCAGCAGGAGUCGUCGCGAAGGGCAAUGACGGCUGGUGAGAUCCACCCAAUGACACGGUAUGUCAUGAACUAUUUGAGGUUGUUGGUCGUUUAUAGUGAGACACUUGAUGGCCUCUUGGAUGAUGAUGGCGAUGAGAGCAAUGCUUUGGAAAGACCCGAGGAUAAGGAUCAGGAUACGGAACACUUAGAGGGUAUGACCCCUCUUGGAAGGCGCCUUUUGAAGCUGAUGUGUUAUCUGGAGGCCAAUUUGGAGGACAAGUCUAAGCUAUAUGAAGAUGCUGCCCUGGAGUGCAUAUUUUCCAUGAACAAUUUGCUCUACAUUGUUCAGAAGGUGAAGGAUUCCGAGCUUGGGAAGAUUUUAGGUGAUCACUGGGUAAGAAGGCGCAGCGGGAAGAUUCGGCAGUACUCAAAGAGCUACCUAAGGAUUUCCUGGAUGAAGACUUUGUCUUAUCUGAGAGACGAUGUACAUGGGAGUGGGGGUGGGAGCGGCAGUGGUAGUGGCAGUGGACAUUCAGGUUCUAGGAUGUCCAUCAAGGAGAAGUUCAAGAACUUCAACUUGUCCUUUGAGGAAAUUUACAGGAACCAGACACUCUGGAAGGUUCCAGAUCCUCAGCUCCGAGAAGAGCUGAAGAUAUCUAUAUCUGAGAAUGUGAUUCCGGCAUAUCGUGCUUUUCUGGGAAGAUAUGGUAGUCAAGUGGAUGGGGGGAAAAACUCGGGAAAGUAUAUAAAGUACACCCCAGAGGAUCUGGAGAGUCAAUUGUCUGAUUUAUUUGAGGGCUCACCAGGGUCCGCCAACCACUCUAGGAGAAGAACAUAGUUCAUAGUUAACAGGAUCCGCUUCAGGUAUGUCUUGUUAAAGUGGUCUUACAUUUGUUGAGUUUCCAUACACACGGUAUCUGUUAAAUGGGUAUUUGUUCAUUUAGCAACCUUUACAAUACUGUGAUACAAACCAGAGUCUUCUGUGUGUCUACUUUUGCAUGGUGUGCACUAAGAAAUAUUGUACAUGGAUUGAUUCUAAGUGUAUGGUCUUCUUUCUGAA